AUGUCAUCACAACAACAACAAGUAUCUAAUACUAAUAAUAAUAAUAAUAAUAAUAUAAUAACAGAACCUGAAGAUACUAAUGAAUAUAAAUUUAAACAUUAUUGGGAUUCUAGAUUUGAAAAAGAAGAACAAUAUGAUUGGUUAGGAACAUAUUCACAAUGGAAACAAUAUCUUACUCCUAUUUUAUUAUCUACUAAUACUACUACUACUACUAUUAUUAAUAAUAAUACUAUUAAUAACAAUACAACUGAUGAUAAUAAUAAUACUAUUAAUGAAAAGAAAAAAGAAUUAAAAAUCUUAAUUAUUGGAUGUGGUAAUAGUACACUUGGACAAGAUAUGUAUAUGGAUGGAUAUACAAAUAUAAUAAAUAUGGAUUAUAGUAGUAAAGUGAUUGAAAAGAUGAAAUUAAAAUAUCCAAAUAUGGAAUGGAUUGAAAUGGAUAUGUUAGAUAUGAAAGGAUUUGAAAAUGAAACAUUUGAUAUUGUAUUAGAUAAAGGUACCAUGGAUGCACUUGUUGUUGAUGCAGGUGAUCCAUGGGAUCCUGAACAACACGUUAGAUAUGAAACUUUAAAAAUGUGUAAAGAAAUUUAUAGAAUUUUAAAACCAAGUGGUAGAUUUUUACAAAUUACUUUUUCACAACCUCAUUUUAGAAAAAUUUUCUUAAAUCCACAAACAGAAGAUAAUCAAAAUGUAUUAGAUUGGUCUAUUAAACAUGUAUAUGUUGAAGAAAUUGGAUUUGGAUAUCCUUUAUUUAAUAUUCAAAAACCACCAUUUAAUUAA